GUGUUGAGGUGCAGGCCCACAGUGGUGGUCACCCAAAUGGCUCCAUUAAUCUGCCAGGUCUCCUGGAGGAUGGCAGGAUGCCACCAAAGCCCUACCACUGCAUGGAGUGUGGGAAGACCUUCAGAAAGAACUCCUACCUCAUCCAGCACCAGCAGACCCACACAGGUGAGUGAACCUUUGCUUGUGGCCAAUGUGAGAAGAGCUUCAGCAGAUCCGCUUUGGAUGACCACUUCUGGAUCCACACCUGUGAGAGGCCCUACGUCUGCACCUGUACCUUCAGCUGCAGGUACACCUUGACUGAGCAUUACCGCACCCACACUGGCGAGACACCCCACACCUGUCCUGAGUGUGGGAAGGCUUUUAGACAGUCCUCCAGCCUGGUCAGGCAUCUCCGAACCCACACCGGCGAGAAGCCCUGUGAAUGCCCAGUCUGCACCCGUGCCUUCAGAACCAGCUCCAAAUUGACCGAGCAUCGCCGCACCCACAUUGGUGAGACGAUCUACUACAUCUGCCCCGAGUGCGGAAAGACCUGCACACAGACCCCGGACCAGGUCAACCAUCUCCAGACCAACACUGGAGAGAAGCCCUAUGCCUGUGAACACUGCGGGAAGACCUUCAGCCUCAGCUCCGAGCUAGUCAAGAGCAAAAGGACCAAACCCAAUGAGGGGUUCUUCCCCUGUGGGCAGUGUGAGAAGUGCUUCAAGUGGAAGGCCAACUUGAGAUCCCACCAAUGGACCCACACCAGUGAGAAGCCCUACUGGUGCAGGGAGUGCAGGAAGGCCUUUGGGCAUAGCACCAAGCUCCUUGACCACCAGCGGACACACACAGGCAAGCGACCCUUCUGCUGUGGCACCUGUGGCAAGAGCUCUGCCCUGUCCAAGCACCAACAAAUCCACACUGUUCAGAAGCCCUGGGGCUGUGGGCACUGCAGGAAGACCUUCUGCUGCCA